AUGGCAAUGCCAACCUAUGCCAUGUCAUGUUUUAAGCUUCCAGUCAAACUAUGUAAACACAUUCAAGCUCUUAUGGCAAGGUUCUGGUGGGGAGAGGAAAAUGACAAAAGGAAAGUGCAUUGGUGUUCAUGGCAAAAGCUGGCAAGGGGAAAGCAUAAUGGUGGCUUAGGCUUUAAAGACUUACAAGGCUUUAAUAAAGCAUUGUUGGGUAAACAAAUCUGGAGGCUUCUCACCUGCCCAAACCUGCUGAUGAGUAAGGUGAUGAAAGCCAAGUAUUACCAACAUGAGUCACCCCUAAGCUGCGAAGCCAAAGCCAACUCCUCUUGGAUAUGGAAAAGCAUGAUGAGCGCAAGAGAGGAGGUAAGAAGAGGAGCAAGGAGGAAGAUAGGUAAUGGCAAAGGCACUAGAAUUUGGGAGGAUGCUUGGAUCCAGGAUGGCAAAGAAGGUAAAAUGGUGUCCACAAAGCCCCCAACUUGUACGAUUAGUAAAGUGAGUGACCUGAUUUGUAACUUCAGAUGGAAUGCACCUCUUGUGUUUAGAACUUUCAAUCCGAGAGAAGCCAGACAGAUUCUCAAAAUUCCUAUUAGUCUAACUAGCAGACCAGACUCCUACUUUUGGAGCCAUAGUGAGAAUGGACAGUACACAGUGAGUUUAGCUUAUGACGCAAUAACAAGAAGGAAAAUUGGUUGGAAGGCAACGGCAGAGAUAAGGGAGAGACAAGUUGGGAAGGAGGGAGUGGGAAAGCUUGGAAACAGCUCUGGAAGAUGA